AUGCUUCUUCACCAUCUCUGCUUCGCCAUUGUUGAGGUUGAGUUGCUGUCUAUAAUCGGUAUUCAAAAACCUACAUUUUCAGUAAUGGGUAUGAUUGAUGAAAUUGAAGAAAUUAGCGGCUCAACUAAACAUAUGGAAUCCUUACUAACUGUGACAUUUACAACCACUACUAACCUUGGUGAUAACAAUGCAAAUUCUUCAAGUCAACUCAUGGUUGCAUUGCAAGAUAAUAAUGAUAAGACUAGAACAUCUUUAACCGAGCAUAUGGAACCCUUACAAAUUGUGACUUUUACAACCACUUUUAACCUUGGUGAUAACAAUGUAAAUUCUUCAAGUCAACUCAUGGUUGCAUUGCAAGAUAAUAAUGAUAUGGCUGAAACUUCUUUAACUGAGCAUAUGGAACCCUUACAAACUGUGAAUUUUACAACCACUUCUAACCUUGGUGAUAACAAUGCAAAUUCUUCAAGUCAACUCAUGGUUGCAGUGCAAGAUAAUAAUGAUCCACCAUCUUCUAAGAAUCCCUUUGAACCUAUUAAUGACCGUAAUAUCGUACCUUCUUUAAGUGAACACUUAUAUGGUACACCUACUCAUAAUCUUAAUCGUAAACAAUUCAUCCCUCAUUGUGAGAAAAAUCUGAUACCAGUAUUGCAUAUGACUUUUGACUCAUUAGAAGAAGGGGUGAAAUUCUAUGAAACAUAUGCUAAGGCUUGUGCUUUUGACAUUAGAUCAGGGAGUAAGAAAGUCUAUAAAGGUGUUGUUACAUCUAAAUACUAUUUGUGUAAUAAACAAGGGAUGAGGGAAGAGAAAUUAGGUGCAUUGAGAAGAAGGCUUGUAACUCGUAAAGAUUGUUCUGCUAAAAUUGUUUUUCAAAGGACUAAAAAGGGUAAAUAUUGGGUUUUUAAGUUUAUUGAAGCCCAUAGCCACAUUCUUGCCUCACCUAAUUCUAGGCAACAUUUAAAAUGGUCAUCUAGUUUAAACAAUGGACAAAAAAGAUACAUUAUGAACAAUUUGAACUUGAAUAAAGGUCCAACAAGUUCAUAUAAGAUGUGGAAAGAACAAGUAGGAAGUUAUUUGAAAGUAGGUGCUUCACUUGAUAACUUUAAAAACUUUUAUAGGGAUUUAAAGUGUAUUAUUAAUGAAUCUAAUGGGCAAAUGUUUGUGGAAAUGUUUGUUGAUGAUACUAAAUCUCUAUCGAAGGCAAUUUGGGCAGAUGGUAUUAGUAGGAGAAACUAUUCAUUGUUUGGUGAUUCGAUAUCUGUGGAUGCUACUUAUGGUACUAACAAGUAUAAUCAAAUUUUUGUUCCUUUCACGGGUGUUGACCAUCAAAAAAAAUGUGUUACUUUUGCUGUGGGUCUUAUUAGUAAGGAAGAUGUAUCUUCUUAUACUUGGUUAUUUGAAUCUUUUUUGAGGGCAAUGGGUGGGAAACAACCAGAUUCCAUUAUAACAGACCAAGAUCCAGCCAUAAAAAUUGCUCUACCCAAUGUUUUUGACAAGUCUAUUCAUAAAUUCUGUUGUUGGCAUAUAAUGAAGAAACUAACUGAUAAAGUUUCUAUUGAGUUACGUAAUGAUGAUGAGUUUUUAAGAAGAAUUAAUAAACUUGUAUAUAAUAGGGAUAAUGAGCCCCAUGAAUUUGAAGAUCAGUGGUCAAAAAUGAUGUCGGAUUAUGAGCAUGAUAAUUUAAGAAAUAAUGACUGGUUUAAUAGUAUGUAUGAUAUUAGAGAAAUGUGGGUGCCCGAAUAUUUUAGAGAUCUUUAUAUGGGUGGUUUGCUUAUAACAACCUCUAGGUCGGAAACUGAGAACAAUUUUUUCAAUUACUUUACACUAGAUAGUAAAUGCAAGUUAUAUUCUGCACCUUUGAAGACUCGUAUCCCUCUUGAAAAACAUGCUUCUAGUGCCUACACAGAUGUUGUUUUUAAGGAUUUUCAAGAACAAAUUCUUAGUGCACGCGUUGAGUGUGGUUUUGAAAAGAAUUUAGUUAGAGAUGGCAAGGAUGUGUAUAAUGUGGUACAUUUCAACAUUGGGAAAAUUUUUGAAGUUGUGUAUGAUGCACAAACAUUGUAUGUUGAUUACUCUUAUGCUAGCAAAACACCUGUCUAUGAUAUUGAUGGCACAUUAUUGUAUGGUAAUAAUGCUAUUGAACCUAAAAAAGGGGUUUUAGGAGAUGUUUGGAAUGAGGUACAUCGAUGCAUUAGUUUGGCAGAAGAUGAUGAGGAUGAUUUGCAAAAAAAGAAUCGUAGGGUUGAGAAGACAAAACGUCAAGAGUUAGAAAAGUUUGUGGGUUGUGAAGCUCCUAAAACAAUUACAAUUCAAAACCCUAAACAAUCUUCAAACAAAGGCAAGAGGAAAGAAAAAGAUCCAAAACAAAAGGAUACUGAAGAUGAAGAGGAGCAAAGGGUGACCAAGCAAAGACAAUGUAAAACUUGUGGCAAAGUUGCAGGUGACUUGUUUAUAAAAUACAGUGGUAAACGAUUGAAUCCCUGCUUCAGAAGAACAAUUAUAUUUGGAAUUGUGUAG